AUGGCGCAGGCGGGGAUGGGCGGAGGUAUUGCGGCGGUGCUGCGGCGCUCGCUGUGCGGGGGGCCGCUGGUAAAUGGGGCGGGCUGCGCCCUAGGCCUGCAGCGGCGCACUGUCAUUCCCGGCCAGAUCCCCACGCACACCGUCUCGGGGGAUGCACCGGCGACCGGCACGCCCGGGUGGGAGCUGCGGCGCGGCCACCACUUGCACAGUAGCCUUGGCUUGCAUACUCCUUUUCAGACUGCCUGCGGCCGGACAUUUAAUCCGCAACUUUACUACGAGGUUUUGCAGGCGUGUUGCGAUCAACAGUGGCUGCAGUCCAUUCAAAGAGAGCUGCGGAACGACAAGGAGUGGAUGGAGACGCUUCGUCGCGAGGGUGGAGUGGCAAAGGCCAUGAAUGCUCUGACGGAGUCCGCACAGCACGACGAUGAAUUUAUGAUGAAGCUGCGAGACGCACUCAAGACGGACAAGAAGAUGGCGCUAACGUUGUGCGCCAUUCAGGAAAGCUACGAGCGCAUACGCAGCAAACGAGACAUGCAUGAGACACAAGUAGCAGCCGAUGGCGGGAAUGACCCUUACGCAACUAUGCGACAGAAACAGCAAGGACAGUUUGGCAACAAACUUCCCUCGUUUUAG